UCAUGAAGAAAACAGUGCUGAUUUGUAUGUUUGCGUGUGUGUUAUAGUUUGGACGCCUUUUUCCCGUGGAACGACGACUCGCCAUCCGUACAGGACGCGCGGAGGACCGGUCGGACAUCGUUCCCGUUGGAAUAUACCUACGACCGGACGACGAGUGCAUUGACGAUCGGGAGCAUGAGCGGAAGUGGAAGCGGAAGCGGAAAUGAUGCCAGCAGGGGUGGUGGUGGUAUUGAGGUGCAUGGGGUCACGGUCAACCUUGUCGAGCUGUUGUCGUUGUCGUCCAUCGAUGGCGAGGCGGCGGCCGCAGCAACACCGCCGUGGUUGUCCGCCCCCUUCAGCGUGCGGGUCAAGACGGGCGACCAGGACGGGAUCAAUUUACCGUGGUUCGCCAAAGCUGAUGCAUCGUUGUUGUUCUGGGAGAUUCAUGGCGACGUGGUGGAUUUGCCGCUGCGGUGGAGGGUGGUCAGGGAGAAAACGACGGCGCAGACGCGCGGAGAGAUCGUUGUGAGUGAGACGACGGUGCAGAUUGUGCCGGCGGUUGGGGCUUGGGACACGCAGGACGAGACUGUACCGGGCAGCAGACCUUACCGUCAUGAUGAGAUUGAGCCGCUGUUGUCGAUUGCUUUCAACCCUGCUUCGAUGUCGACCUCAACCUCGACCUCGGUUGCGCCUUGGAGUUUGAUGAAUUGGAGUUGGUUUCCACGCCACAAGAUUGAGGACAUGUUCAUUGCGUGGUACCCCGGUCCAUUAGUGCGCGGCUCGUCGCCAUCAAUGACAUUCCCCGUCCGACGGGCGGUCACCGCGAUCAUGGUACCGACGUGGUUCUUCGUGGAUGAGUUUGUUAGCGGGUACCUUCAGACGCCUAUCCUACUGAUGUUGACGUGGGCUCUGUAUCUUGGGUUCUGGGCUGGUGUGAUAUACGCGGUUGCUGUGCUGGCGUGCUGGAAUACUUAUAAAAGGGGGCAGGGACAGCGACGCACUAGUUCGAGGUUCUGGCCGUGGGCGAGGAGGUACUGGUUGACCCGUCCUGUUUUGGUCUAUGUGAGACCCCCAACGGCGGCGGCGGAUGCUGACGACGAGGCAACGGACACGGACAUGAAGGUUGAAGAUCAUGAGCACGGCCGCGAAGGUCGCGAAGGUCCAAGGCCUUUGGUGAGUCCGUGGGCGUUCUUCACGAGUUCUUCGCCGCUCGACGAUCUGCUGGUCACGUACGAAGUGACUAGGCCUUUUGUGCAGCCGCUUCUUGCCAAUGUCACGCUCCGGAGGCGACGUACUCAAGAUCAAGAUAUAGAAGGGGAGGCAGGGGCAGGCACAAGUUCAUCAGCGGACGUCAAAGGGGUCGAAAGCACUAAUGUCGAGGCCAGUGGCUGACGUGGCCGGCGAGAAGAAGUCUUGAGUACUCCGUACCUGACUUGGAAGAUCGAUAUACACAUUUC